UUUCUCUCUCUACCCCUCUCUCCCUCUCUCUCUCUCUCUCUCUCUCUCUCUACGAUCGAAGAAAUUUCUAUUUCCCCUUCUCGAAGAGAUCGUUCUCCAAUCGCAAUAAUCACUUCAACAAUGGUGGUUUCUAUUCUCUCUUCCAAUCUAAUAGCGCUCACACGCUGUUUUUGAUGUAGGAUUUAUAUGUGAUCAGAGAAAGGGGUAUGUAUUUGUUCGAUUCCUCUCGGAUAAGGCAUAAUAGAUCAUUAUUUGCGCUUUUAACUUAGUUUUCUAGGCUAAAAGUCUUUCGUUUACAAUACAUUUUUGCUCGAUUAAGAUAGAUUGUGGAAUUUUGGGGAAAAAAUGGAAAUUUUCCUCUUUUUUUUUGGUGGAAGCUAAUCAAUCAAUUGGGCGACAUACUCCUUUUCUGUUAGUUUUGAUCAACGAAGUGAUGUGAUUAAUGAAUCUAAGUUAAUGUUGUUGGUGUUUAGCCCCUUUUUGUGUGUUUAUUUUAUGGAAUAGUAUUUCCAUUUGAUCAUAAAUAGAUAAGACUUUUUCUUUUUCCUCAAUUUUCUACAUUUCUACUUACUUGCCGAGAUUGUUUUACGUUUUUUUGUCAAUUUUUAUUGUUUUUAUGAUUCAGAAUUAUUUAUAAUACAUCAGCACUAAGGUCGAGCACGUUUUAUUUGGAUGUCAUUAGUCUUUUUUUUUUGUCUUUAUUUUUCCUUUUUUGGCCUUUAUCUGUGUAAUUGAGUUGAAGGGCAAUCAUUUGGUGGAUGAAUUGAUCUUUUCAGGCUAAUUGCUGAGUCGGCUUAACCUGAUUGGUUUAAGAUGAUCAUGCCAAAGAAAGGAGUUGUGUUUCAUUAGCAUCAAAACUUUGGAGUUAUUUCAAAAUCUCAGAAUUUUAUUGAAAUUAAUUUAUGAAUUAGAUCUGUUUAGAACCCAUUGUGUAGUUGCAUCUAUAUUUUCGUGUAGUUGCCCCUAUAUUUUCCUAUGAUCUGUUGCUUUCCUCAUUAUCCUAUGCCUUUUUUCCAUUAUUUUCAUACAUAGAAGUGCAAGGUUUAAUUAGCUAAACAUCAGGAGUGAAUGCUUAUAUUUCCUUUUCUUUGUUUGCAGAUAUUUUUUAGCUUCUAUGGGAUCAGGAAGAAGCCUUUUAGUAAAAUACCACUACUAUGAAGUAGUUUGGUGUGUGGUGUUUAAACCAGUUUAACUUUUUAUUAGGUCAAACGGGAUACGAGGAUGCUAUUAAUUCAUCAUAUAUGUUACAGAUGAUAACUUUUGGUUUUUAAUCAAAUCUCUCUGAAGCUUCCUUAAGCAUGUCGAUUACAUGCUCGGUGAUGCUAGAUCACUCGUAUCAUGAGACUGGAAUGUUCUCGGAUUCUCUGCUGUUAACAAUAUACAAUUUUAGUAAACCCUGCAAGGAGGUUACCAUGGGGCAUGGCAAAGUUGGUAUAAAAUCUCGCAUUUGGAGUUUAUUUGGAGUUUAGUGGGACCAUGGUAAUUGUGUUCUGGUAAAAAUUUCAACGAUGGAUAGGUAUGGAGUUAUAAAGGAGAUAGGUGAUGGAACUUGUGGAAGUGUUUAUAAGGCACUUAACCUAGAAACAAACGACAUUGUUGCUGUCAAGAAAAUGAAGAGAAAAUUCUACUAUUGGGAAGAGUGCUUGAAUCUACGUGAAGUUAAAUCCCUUCGUAAACUGAACCACCCAAAUAUUAUCAAAUUGAAGGAGAUAGUUAGAGAGAAUCACGAGUUGUUCUUCAUUUUUGAGUAUAUGGAACAUAAUCUGUAUCAAUUAAUGAGAGACCGGCAAACUGCACUUUCUGAAGAGGAGAUACGGAACUUUAUGUCUCAAGUACUGCAAGGCCUUGCUUAUAUGCACAGAAAUGGAUAUUUUCAUCGUGACCUAAAACCUGAAAAUUUGUUGGUGACAAAUAAGACAAUCAAAAUUGCGGAUUUUGGACUUGCGAGAGAAUUGGUGUCUAAACCUCCUUAUACUGAUUAUGUUUCAACAAGAUGGUAUAGAGCUCCUGAGGUCUUGCUGCAAUCUCCAUCGUACACCCCUGCAAUUGACAUGUGGGCCAUCGGUGCAAUUUUAGCUGAGCUAUUCACACUGUCUCCGCUUUUUCCUGGUGAAAGCGAAACAGAUCAACUGUACAAAAUAUGUGCUGUUCUUGGGAACCCAGAUAGCAUUAUUUGGCCAGAAGGGAUGGAACUUUCCUGCUUGAUGAACUUUCGGUUCUUUCAGAUUCCACCAGCCAAUCUAUCAGAAAUUAUUCCUAAUGCUAGCCUGGAAGCUAUUGACCUGAUCCAGCAACUCUGUUCCUGGGACCCCCAAAGGAGGCCAACAGCGGAGCAGUCACUACAACAUCCCUUUUUCCAUGUUGGAGCAUGGGUUCCAUAUCCUCUCAAGGAUCCUUUUCACCCAACAACUAGUCAAACUGGAACAAAUCCAAGUCUUGAAUUGAAUUUAUGGGAUUUUGGUGCUGAACCAGAUCAAUGCUUUCUUGGUUUGACUCUUGCUAUCAGGCCUAGUGUCCCUGAUAUGGGUGUUGGUAACCAUGUCUCACAACAUCCAACAGAGGAAAUUUUAUUCUGCUCAAGAUAUCAGGAGAACUCUACGCAAUCAGUUUUCUGGCCCCUAAUAUCGUCAGAUCAUAAUACGAAUGAUGCGCCGCCCAUGUCAUCAUGUUUGCCAGCUUGCAUGAUCAGCAGCCAAGCUUCCCUACCAACUCUAGGGUUAGCUGCCUCUUCGUCAUUCGCUUUCUCCUCCCUGCAACCUAAUUCGUUAGAGAACCAUUCGUUCGGACCGCUCGUGACAAUGUCCUCGCCAAUCCGGCCAGUCAAUUUCUUCGAGUAAAUACAUUUAUUUUUAAAUUUCAUUACCCCCCACUUCCCCUCAAUUUUCUUUGCAAUUUGACUUCUCACACUUGAGACUGUCAAAUAAGCAGCAGGUUAUUUGCAUAAAAAAAAAAAGAAAAAUGUAAAUUGUCUUUCUAUUUUUCUUCAUGGAGAACAAGUCCACAGAGAGUGAAAUAAGUGAAUUUUGUGUACAUAUUACUCGAACAGAAUUUUCCGAUCGGAAAUAUCAUGUUGAUUGAUUAAUGACAACAGAAGUUCAUUGUGAA